AUGGAUCAAGGAACUCAAGGAGAGCUGAACUGGCGUCUAAGCUCCCACCCGAUCACACUACUUGUCUUCUUGGGUAUCCGCAUUGGCGCAUUGAUGAUGUAUCUCUUUGGUCUUCUUUUUAUCGAGAAUUUCGUCCUGGUCUUCAUCCUAACCCUCCUACUUCUCUCGGCCGACUUCUACUACCUGAAAAACAUUGCUGGGCGCCGACUUGUUGGCCUACGGUGGUGGAACGAGGUUAACACAACCUCCGGCGACUCGCACUGGGUCUUCGAGUCCUCCGACCCCAAUGUUCGCACAAUCACAGCUACGGAUAAACGGUUCUUCUGGUUGAGCCUAUAUGUGACACCGGCUCUAUGGGUGGGAUUGGCUGUUUUGGCACUUGUAAGACUUGUCAGUGUGAUCUGGCUUAGUCUAGUUGGCAUUGCUCUUAUUUUGACCAUCACAAAUACCGUGGCUUUCUCUCGAUGUGAUAAGUUCAGCCAGGCUUCGACUUUCGCCAACAGCGCCCUUGGAGGCGGUAUUGUGAACAACCUGGCUAGUGGCCUGCUGGGCAGGUUCUUCCGGUGA